AUGGGUUACUGGAAGUCGAAGUUGCUCCCGAAGAUCAAGAAGGUCUUCGACAAGGGCAGCUCAAAGAAGGCUGCCGCUGCCGAGGCCACCAAGGCCUUUGACGACUCCAAGGUGUGGAUCUUCUUGUCUGCAAAAGUGGUAACUUUUCUCUGUUUUCUAGUGGUUUCUUCUCACCUCCUCUGCUGUGCAGGAAGAGAUAACCAAGGAAUAUGACGAGAAGAAGACCGAGCUGGAGCCCAAAGUGGUCGAGAUCUACGGAACCACCCCGACCGAGAUCAAGGUCCGCUGCCUCUCUCUCUCUCUCUCUCUCUCUCUCUACAGACACCACUCUACUUCCUACUCUGGUUCGAUCUGUAGAGGAACAGGAGCAUGGGCGGAUUAAUUAACGAAAAGUAUGGUAGUAUGCCUAUGUAUUAAGAUUUGUUUCCCUUCGUUUCCCCGCAGACUCUGGUGAAGGAGCCUACGGAGGCCGGGGUGAAGAAGCACGCGGCAGGCGUCAACAAGUUCCUGGAGGAGCUGGUUAAAAUAGGUAAGAAUUGAAAGUGCGAUGAUCGGAAUGGGUUUUUAUCCUGUUAACGUUUUCCGGCGAUGGACGUUGUAAUCUGCAGAGUUCCCCGGGGCCAAGGCUGUCAGUGAGGCUUCCACCAAGUUCGGGCCCACCCUCGUCACCGGACCCGUCUUCUUCGUGUUCGAGAAGGCUGCUGUCUUCCUCCCUGCGGAGGAGCCCAAGACGGCGGAACCAGAGGCCGCCGCCGCCACCACCACAGAAGAAGCGCCCGCAGCACCGGCGGAGGAGGGCACCAGCAAGGAUAAAGAGGUGGUGGUGGUGUCUACGGAAGAGGAGAAGAAGGUGGAAGCCGAGACUCCUGCACCUCCAGAGGUUCCUCCCGUCGUCGAGGAGAAGGUCGCCGCCGCUCCGGCAGCGGCCCCAGAGCCGGCGAAGCCGACCGAGGGAGCGGCAUGA